GGCAGCAGCAACGGGAGGACCGGGGCACGGCGGCACCGGCUGUACCGGCGGCACCGGAGCACGGUAGUAGCGGCACUUCCCGGCCGAGCAUCCCCGGGGGCCAUGGAGCCGCCGCGGAGCCUCCCGGGGCUGGAGCCCGACCGCGAAGCGCUGGACCCGGCCGGCGGCUGCCCGUCCCCGCUGGAGAUCAAGUCCACCCCCAGCAAGAAGAUCUGGGUCAAGCUUCGGGCGCUGCUGCGCUACAUGGUGAAGCAGCUGGAGACGGGCGAGGUGAACGUGGAGGAGCUGAAGAGGAACCUGGAAUACGCCGCCUCGCUGCUGGAGGCCGUCUACAUCGACGAGACGAGGCAGAUGCUGGACACGGAGGAUGAGCUGCGGGAGAUGGGCUCGGACGCGGCGGUGCCCUCGGAGGUGCGGGACUGGCUGGCGGCCACCUUCACCCAGCAGGCACGGGCCAAGGGGCGCCGGGCGGAGGAGAAACCCAAGUUUCGCAGCAUCGUUCACGCCGUCCAGGCUGGCAUUUUUGUGGAGAGGAUGUUUCGCCGGACGUACACGGCCGUGGGGCCCAGCUACUCCACCUCCGUCCUGAACUGCCUGAAGAGCCUCGACCUGUGGUGCUUCGAUGUCUUCGCGCUGAACCGGGUGACGGACGAUCACUCCCUGAGGACCAUCGUCUUCGAGCUCUUCACCCGACACAACCUCAACAGCCGCUUCAAGAUCCCCGCCGUCUUCCUGACGACGCUGCUGGACGCGCUGGAGGCCGGCUACGGGAAGUACCGGAACCCUUACCACAAUCAGGUCCACGCCGCCGACGUCACCCAGACCGUUCAUUGCUUCUUGCUCCGCACCGGCAUGCUGCACUACCUGACGGAGAUUGAGGUCCUGGCCAUCAUCUUUGCUGCCGCCAUCCACGACUACGAGCACACGGGCACCACCAACAGCUUCCACAUCCAGACCAAGUCAGACUGUGCCAUCCUCUACAACGACCGCUCGGUGCUGGAGAACCACCACAUCAGCGCCGUCUUCCGCAUGAUGCAGGACGACGAGAUGAACAUCUUCGUCAACCUCACCAAGGACGAGUUUGUGGAGCUGCGGGCUCUGGUCAUCGAGAUGGUCCUGGCCACCGACAUGUCCUGCCACUUCCAGCAGGUGAAGUCCAUGAAGACGGCCCUGCAGCAGCUGGAGCGGAUCGAUAAGUCCAAGGUGCUGUCGCUGCUGCUACACGCGGCCGACAUCAGCCACCCCACCAAGCAGUGGUCGGUGCACAGCCGCUGGACCAAAGCCCUGAUGGAGGAGUUCUUCAGGCAGGGCGACAAGGAGGCCGAGCUGGGGCUGCCUUUCUCGCCCCUCUGCGACCGCACCUCCACGCUGGUGGCCCAGUCCCAGAUCGGCUUCAUCGACUUCAUCGUGGAGCCCACCUUCUCGGUGCUGACCGAUGUGGCCGAGAAGAUGGUGCUGCCCUCCGCCGAGGACGGCACCAAAGCCAAGGGCAACCCGGUGGCCAGCCAGCAGGCCAGCUCGCAGUGGCGGCAGCCGUCCCUGGAUGAGCACCUGGAGCUUGGGGACAUCAAAGCCGACCUGGCUGGCUUCCGCUCCACCUGGGCCAAGUACAUCCAGGAGAACAAGCAGAAGUGGAAGGAGCGGGCGGCCAGCGGCAUCACCAACCAGGCGUCCAUCGAUGAGCUGUCGCCCUGCGAGGAGCAGCCGCCAGCCCCCAGCCGGCACAGGCACAACGGGGACGUGGAAUAGCAGCGGGAGGAGCGAGGUCUUCGUCCAGCCGAGUGAUGCUGUCUCGCCCAAAGUCUUCGACGCCAUCGAAUUCAGCACCAUUUGCAGGGAAGGAGCCGCUCGGGGCCGCACAAGGAUUCGUGCCAACCUCCGCGCCAGGAGCAUUCCCGGGGCCGACACCCCCGGCAGCCCCCCAGCCCGGCCAGCUCCAGCUGCCUGUGCCAAACUGGCCGCCGAGCCACGUGGCCUCGAGCCACGGGUGACGGUGACGCCGACCCUCUCACUGCCAUGCCAGCGGCUGCCCGGCCCCCUCCCGCUGGGUUUUGUCCUUAUGGCUUUUUUAAAAAAAGCUUCUUUUUACCCCACGGGGUGCUUGGGUGGCGCUGGGGACAGCAGGGGACCGAGGGAUGGAGGAAGGGUGUCAGGUACGCUGUCACCCCGAGGGCCGCCGUCGUGCCUGCUGGGUCUGUGAUGGGUGGCCCCAAAUGUCCCCAUCCUGCCCUAAGUGCCCUGAGCAUCCCUGGCCCGGGACACGCGUCUCCGUGUCACCCCGGGCUGGGGACACAGCCCUGUGGGGCCUGUCCCCCGCUCUGCUGGCCCCAAGGGCACCUCAGGGCUUCCCCUCGGGGUCCUGCCCCACACGGCGUGGGCGAGGCUGGGGGGGACAGGGAGGCGGCGAUGGGGCAGGGCGCGCGCAGCCGGAGCGCGGCGCUGGGAGCUGGGGUGCGGCAGGAGGGCAGGAUCAGGCCCAUGUGCCAGCCUCUGGCUCCAGUAACCCCUGGUGCUGGCAUCCCCCAGCUCCAGGCCGUCUCCAGCACCUUCCAGCUCUGGUGUGCUUCCAGCAUCGCUGGCUCCGGUGUGACUCCAGCCUCCUCCAGCUCCAGCAUGGCCCCAGUGUCCCCCCUGCUUCCUCUGCCCCAGCGUGCCUCGAGCAUCCUCCGGCCUCCCGGGUCCCGGCGUGCCUCGAGCAUCCCUUCCCGGGUCCCGGCGUGCCUCGAGCAUCCUCUGGCCUCCCGGGUCCCGGCGUGCCUCGAGCAUCCCUUCCCGGGUCCCGGCGUGCCUCGAGCAUCCUCCGGCCUCCCGGGUCCCGGUGUGCCUCGAGCAUCCUCUGGCCUCCCGGGUCCCGGCGUGCCUCGAGCAUCCUCUGGCCUCCCGGGUCCCGGUGUGCCUCGAGCAUCCCUUCCUGGGUCCCGGCGUGCCUCGAGCAUCCUCUGGCCUCCCAGGUCCCGGUGUGCCUCGAGCAUCCUCUGGCCUCCCGGGUCCCGGCGUGCCUCGAGCAUCCUCUGGCCUCCCGGGUCCCGGCGUGCCUCGAGCAUCCUCUGGCCUCCCAGGUCCCGGCGUGCCUCGAGCAUCCUCCGGCUUCCCAAGGCCCGGCGUGCCUCGAGCAUCCCUUCCCGGGUCCCGGCGUGCCUCGAGCAACCCCCAGCUUCCUGGGUCCCAGCGUGCCUCGAGCAUCCUCCGUCUUCCCGGCUCCUGGUGUGCCUCAAGCCUCUUCCAGCUCCGGCAUCCUCCAGCUCCGGCAUCUCGGCUCCAGCCACCCUGCCCCGCCGUGUCCAUCGCCCAGCGCCCGGCCGCCGUGGCACGGCCUGUCUGUGUUUGCACUUUUCUACCCCGCGGUAACGCGUCGCGUCCCC